AUGGCGUCACAUCACACAUCCACGUCAGUCGCAAUCUCGAUAGCUUGUCUCGCGGUUGUUGCAAUCUUGUCAGCACCAGCAGUUGGCCAGCUCGUCACUCGGGUGCAGUCGAGGAAGAAGCAAUAUGCACAGCUGUCAGAGCGCUACGAAGACAAGGAUGGGGUUGCCACGGAAGAGUCAGAAGUGGCAUAUUCCGAUCAGAUUCCUCGUCUAAUACUAAUAUUGAUAUCUCUGGUCGCUUGUGGUGCUGCUUUGGCUACUGCGAUUCUCACAACUACUCGCUCACAUCUGCCUCUCAGUCUUGAGCAAUGGCUGCAGUUCGCAACAUGGUUGCUUGUGCUGUUUCAAGCGGCCAUCAUAUACAUUACACCGUCUUCCAUCCAGCGCUACCGACUCGGAAUCUUCUCGAGCUUCUCAGCGCUGUCCAUCGCCGUUGCUAUAGCCGUGGAGAACAUCUCCCUCUGGCAAGCCAAAUCCAGCCCACUCCCACGAAACACCCACCUCACCUUUUCCAUCAUACUCUUCGCUGCUGGCAUUGGCAUCGCCUUGGCCAGCCUGUGCAUCCCUCGGCGACCGGAUGUAUACUGGAAGGAUAAAGUCGUCGACCGCGAAAACACUGUGUCUCUUUUGUCCAAGGUGACGUUUUCGUGGGCCGGUCCGAUUCUUUCAUUCGCUGCGAAAAACAAAGCCCUCGACUAUGACGACCUACACGAGAUUGACUUCGAGAAUCGUUCCCGAGAACUGAGGCGAGAAUUUGAGGCUGUCGGCCGAAAAGACAAGCUAUGGAAGACUAUCUUUUGGUCGCGGAAAUGGACAUUCAUUCAACAGUGGAUUCUCCAAGCGACUUGCUCCAUCACAGAUUUCCUUCCACAAAUUGUUCUCUAUUUUGUACUCAAGACGCUUGAACAGCGCGACGAGGGCAAGGACGUGGCUCUUACUUCCUGGUUGUUAGUCCUCGGUCUCGGCCUGGCCAUUACCUUCUCGAAUUGGAUCGAGGCUUGGAUGUUUUUCAUCACCUUCAUGAAAAUCGGAGUUCCAAUCUACGAGCAACUGUCCGCUGUGGUAUUUGGGAAGGCCAUCAGACGGAAAGAUGUCAAAGGUACAGGCAAGAAACAAGAGGAGGCAGAGACCAGCAACGGCGCCUUGGACGGCGGCAUUGUUGUGAAUGAAGCUGCCGGCCAGAAGGGCGAAGAUCGAGCUCCGGAAGAUGAUGAAGAUGCCGACUUUCAAAAGUCUAAGCAAAGCACGAUCAAUCUGGUGGGGGUUGACUCUAAACGCAUCGCGGACUUUGCUACAUUCAACUACAUCUUCCUCGGAUCGGCUAUCAAGUUGAUUUUUGCUAUCAGCUUCUUGUCUAAACUGAUAGGACCAAUCCCUUUAUUUGCCGGGCUGGCGGCUCCGGUUCUGAUCACGCCAAUCAACAUCCUAGCGGCCAAACGAUACGCGACGGCUCAAGACGACCUGAUGAAGUACCGAGAUCAGAAGAUGGCGGUGGUCACUGAAGCUUUGCAGGGGAUUCGUCAAAUCAAGUUCAGUGCCCUGGAGAGGAACUGGUAUGACAAGAUCUUAGAGACGCGGAGAAGGGAGUUGAAGACACAGUGGCAGGUGUUUGUCUACGACACCACACUGAUCAGCAUUUGGAUCUUUGGUCCCGUAAUGCUCGCAGCUAUAUCCUUGACAACGUAUGUCCUCAUCUACAAGCAACUGACGGCGUCUGUGGCUUUCACAACGAUUUCUGUCUUUGAGGCCAUCGAAAUGACGCUGGCUAUAAUACCCGAGAUGAUCACGGAUCUUCUUGACGCCAUUGUUUCAGCGAGGAGGGUCCAAGAGUACCUUGAUGCUCCUGAGCGGGUUGAUAGCACCAAACCAGGCGAGGCUGUGACAUUCAGGAACACUACAAUCGCCUGGCCAUCAGACGACCCGGAAACCGAAGACAACCAGUUCACCUUACGCAGUCUGAAUCUUGCGUUCCCCAAAAAGGAGCUGAGCGUCAUUUCGGGUCGGACAGGAUCUGGGAAGAGCUUGCUGCUGGCCUCGAUUAUUGGAGAGGCUGAGGUCCUCGACGGUGAACUCGUCGUGCCUAAGCCGCCACCUUCCUCUCAACGUUAUGAUGCUCAAGCCAACCGCAAGAAUUGGACGAUUGAGUCUUCCAUCGCAUUUGUGGCUCAAAUCCCGUGGAUUGAGAAUGCCACGAUUCGAGAUAAUAUCCUGUUCGGCCUGCCGCUAGACAAUGAGCGCUAUCAGAAAGUACUUACUGCAUGCGCUCUGACAAAGGAUCUGGAAAUGUUGCAAGACGGAGAGCUCACCGACAUCGGCGCAAACGGUAUCAAUCUCAGUGGUGGACAGAAAUGGCGAGUGUCGUUUGCUCGCGCAUUGUAUUCGAGAGCGGGAAUCCUUGUUCUGGACGAUAUCUUCUCAGCAGUAGAUGCCCACGUCGGACGACACUUGUUCGAACAGGCACUAACUGGGGAGCUUGGGCAAGGCCGGAGCAGGAUCCUGGUUACGCACCACGUUGCUCUGUGCCUACCUCGAACAGACUACAGCGUGCUUCUCUCGAAUGGAACUAUUGAGGUAGAGGGCAGAACGGAGGAGUUACGUCGGAGUGGGAAACUGAAGUCUAUCCUCGCACACGAUACCGAAGAGCAACGAAAAGAAGAGGACGAGGCUAUUGAGAAUCAGCAGAACCAGAACCUCGCUGUCGAUGACGGAGGCGGCCUCCAGAAACUGCUAACCAACCAGUCCCGGCGCUCUAGGAGAAAGUCUGCCCUUAGCGACGCUGGCGACGACCUCAGGCGCCGUCCGUCACACGCGAGCAUGAACGAAGCAAAACCAAAUGGCAUCGCGCCGAAGAAGUUCACCGAGGAGGAAAACCGCGAAACAGGGGCGAUCAAGUACCAGAUCUAUGCAGCGUACAUAAGAGCCUGUGGCGGGUUCACCUACUGGUUGGGAAUUUUGGCUGUCUUCGGCGUCUGGGUCGCUGUAUAUCUGGCAAGGUCGUAUUGGAUCAGCGUGUGGACGAGAUCGUAUCGCACAGAGUCCAAUCAUGCCUUCCAGCACAGUUUGAUCCAGCAGGCACUUGGGAGCGUCUACCAUCGCAUCCACCAUCACUUAUCCACAGCAGCUAUCGACCCAAACCUCCGAUACUAUUUGGGCGUCUAUCUCGGUAUCUCCCUGGUCGCUUGGUUGAUCGGGACCGUACGCUACUUCUGCGUCUUCGUCCUCUCGAUUCGCGCAUCCAAGAUCCUUUUCGAAGGACUUGCAUUCGCCGUACUCCGAGCGCCUCUACGCUGGCUUGAUACUGUGCCCGUGGGACGAAUCCUCAACCGCUUCACCUCGGAUUUCAACAUGCUCGAUUCGCGCAUCUCCAUGGAUCUCGCGUUCAUGCUGCACAACAUGAUGCACGUCCUUUCCGUGGUUAUCGCCGGGCUGUUUGUAUCGCCGUUCAUGAUCGUCUUUGCAGCUGCACUUCUCUCGAUCUCGAUGUACUAUGCCUUGCGCUAUCUCGCUGGUGCAAGAGAGGUGAAGAGAUUGGAAAGCAACGCCAAAUCACCCGUCUUUGAACAAUUUGGUUCUGUUCUUAUGGGAAUCGGUACAAUCCGGGCCUUUGACAAGUGCGAUGCUUACUUGGACAAGAUGUAUGCCAGAAUUGACUUGCACUGUCGUGCGUACUGGCAUCUCUGGCUCUUCAAUCGUUGGAUGGGCUGGCGAUUGAACAUGGUGGGUGCGAUCUUUGCUGCCAUCACAGCAGCCCUGAUUGUCUCGAUCACCACCAUCGAUUCGAGCCUGGCAGGGUUCGCGCUAAGUUUCGCACUCGGCCUAAGCGAAGGCGUGAUUUGGUUCUUGCGGCAAUACUCCAACGUCGAGCUGGACAUGAACGCCACAGAGAGAAUUGUCGAGUACAGCAAUAUUACUAUCGAGAAUCAAGGUGGCGUGGACGCGCCUGCGGCAUGGCCUACAGAAGGCAACCUUGAGGUGAAUGAUCUGGUGGUCAGCUAUGCGCCGGACCUGCCGCCAGUGCUAAAAGGCUUAACCUUCGGCGUUGCGAAAAACCAACGCGUUGGUGUUGUCGGACGAACUGGAGCCGGCAAAUCGUCCUUGACGCUUGCGUUGUUCCGCUUCCUGGAGGCAAAGAGCGGAAGUAUCCACAUCGACGGGGUGGAUAUCUCGAAGAUCAAACUGUACGACCUGCGAUCGAGACUGGCGAUUAUCCCGCAGGACCCUGUACUCUUUUCGGGUACUGUGCGGAGUAAUCUUGAUCCCUUUGAUCACCAGACUGAUGAAGAGUUGAAGGAGGCCUUAGCCCGAGUCCACCUCAUAUCCCCUGCAUCAUUGACGACAUCCGGAGCAGCAAGCGGUAGCGCGACACCUAUACCUCCGAACUUGCACCUGGGUCAAAGCGCCACCGACGACUCCUCCGUCCCAGCUCAAGAUGCUUCCAGUGACACCAACAGGAAUAUCUUCCGCUCGCUUUCCUCCAAAAUUUCCGAGGGCGGCCUGAACCUGUCCCAGGGUCAACGCCAACUUCUCUGCCUCGCGCGCGCCAUUGUCUCCCGCCCGAAGAUCAUGGUCCUAGACGAAGCAACCUCGGCCGUCGAUAUGGAAACCGAUGCCCUCAUACAGAGAAGCAUCCGAGAAGAAUUCACGGAUAGUACGCUCAUCGUGAUUGCGCAUCGCUUGAGCACAAUUGCGGAUUUUGAUCGUAUCUUGGUGUUGGGGGAGGGGAAGGUGCUUGAAUAUGAUAGCCCGGCGGCGCUGAUGAGGCGAGAAGCUGGCGCGUUCAAGGAGAUGGUGGAGACGAGUGGUGAACGGGGUGAGUUGGAGAGAAUUAUUGGGAUCGGGACACCGGAGGGUGAAGGGAGUGACAAGGGAAAGGCAGAUGGAGGCGAGAACACCAGCGGAGGUGGGGACUAG